UCACGCGUAGCCGUCGGUGGCCGGUGUCAUAUACUUAUUCACACUGCUUAAACUCAGUCAUCCACUAAUUUUUCAGGCUUGACUUGCUCGACACUUGGUUAAGUUGGUUUGGCCCUUUCAAAUCGCCGCUGGUUUUUCGAGAUGCCUCCUCCCGUGAAACUGGCUAUAAUUGGUGGAGGGCCAUCUGCAUUUUAUGUAGCCUCGCGCCUACUCUCUCUCCUUCCGCUGAAUGAUACAGUAUCUCCUCCACUAAGGGUGCACAUGUAUGACCGACUCUGGGCACCCCAUGGUCUCGUUCGUUAUGGCGUUGCACCUGAUCACCCAGAGGUCAAGAAUUGCACGCACAAAUUCGAUAUGACUGCAACUGACCCGCGUUUCCGUUUCUUCGGAAACGUGAAUGUCGGAAGCACGCCCUUCCACUCCAUUCCUCACGCGCUUCAUUUACCCCUGACAUCUAUACUCAAUAACUACUCUCACUUACUGUUCGCAACGGGAUGUACUCUUCCUACCCUACACCCCGCGAUUUCUCCGUCUGCAUACUGCAUACCCGCUCUGUCCUUGGUACACUGGUACACACAACACCCAUCUCAUUCGUCGCCCCCUGCACUCGACAAGAUAUCACACCUCACAUUAAUUGGACAGGGAAAUGUGUCGCUGGACAUUGCACGUAUUCUUCUGACUUCCCCCUCUGUCCUUCGUCAAUACGAUGUACCAGAGCAUGUUCUCGAAGUCCUUUCCCGCUCUACCGUCAAGCACGUCUCCAUAGUUGGAAGGCGGGGGCCUCUAGAAGCUGCAUUCACUACCAAAGAGCUUCGGGAGAUGAUCAACCUCCCGGAGGCAUCGAUGAUUCCCAUAGAACCCGCCCUGCUCACACCUCCGCCAGGCGUUACGCCAACGCGCCAGCAGCGGCGCACACUCGAGCUACUCCAGAAGGGAUCCAAGAAUCCACCAGGGUCGACGCCUAAAUCCUGGUCGCUAGAUUUCUACCGCUCUCCUACUGGUCUCGCUCCUCCAUCGACCGCCUCGGCAUCAGACAUGGCAAGUCUCACCCUUGCUCACACUCGUCUUGAUCCUGCCACUUCUCGUGCGGUGCCUACUGGCGAAACAUCUACUCUUCCUACUUCUCUCGUCGUCACCUCCCUCGGAUUUCAUGCAGAUCCAGAGACAGCCUUCUUCGAUCCUGCUAUGCGUCACCUUCGUUCAUCCGCAGGGCGUAUCACUUCUUCUGAGGGCUUAGCCUUGAAAAAUAUUUAUGCGUCUGGAUGGGCAGCCAACGGCGCCAACGGCGUGCUUGCUUCGACUAUGAUUGAUGCAUAUGCGGUCACAGGCACUAUUCUCUCUGACAUAGUACCGCCUUCAGAAGCGGUAAAAAUUACUUCCGCGACAUCCGUUCUACCAAUGGGGAUAGCUCCAGAUAAAAUGCUCAAUCCUCAUCCAGAUCUUGAUGGAUUACCAUCAGAAAUCGUCCAUGGAAUCAAUGAUGGCAUGGUCAUCCAAUAUGAUGACUGGAAAGUCAUCGAUGCUGAGGAAGUUCGCAGGGGCGAAGCCCUGGGAAAGGAGCGGGAGCGAAUGGGCUGGAAAGAGGCUCUCUCAUUUCUCACUCUCUCGGCACCAUCGUGAUACGAUAAUCGCGUCGGCGGAGCCCUGGUGAGGGCUAAUCAAUGGUCUAUUUAUCAUUAACGUUCCAUCAAAGUUCGCUUGUCUCUACAUAGAUCCCCGU